AUGCGGAUCCUCGAGAGAGACGCGGGCUCGUCGGAGUCGCCCAGCAGCUUCCUCUUGCUAUCAAAAGUCAGCGCAGCGAGCUCAGCGCAGGACGUGGCCGACUUCGUCACGGCGCACGGGUUCCCUGUGGGCCGCGACCAGGUCUUCACGGAGCUCGCUUCGCUCGGCACGCGGCUGUGGAGCCCCGCGCGCCGCGCCGUCCAGCUGCCCUCCGUGCAGGCGGCCCAGGACGCCAGCAGAGCGCUACACGGCGCGUGGAUGGGCACCCGCGUCGUGAGCGCGCGGGUCGCGGCGGAGGAGGAGGUCGCGGAGGUCGGCGCGGGGCUCGGGCUGCUGGACGGGGCGUCCCGGGCGCUGCGUCUCGUGGCGUCGCGCGGCAGGUGGAUGGUCGUGUACAACCUGCACCACCGCGUCGUGGCGCGCGACGUGGCGCGCAUGUUCCGCGACUACGACCUCGACUACCGGGACGUCGCGAUGCUGAACAAGUUCGCCAAGAGCGUGCACGUGGCGGGGCUGCCCAGGCACAGGAAGAGCAGCUUCGAGGGCGAGGCGCCGUCGACGCGCAGCCUGCUGGCCUGGCGGCUCAACGACAAGGGCAGGAGCAACCACGCCAAGGCCGCGAUCGUGCGCUUCCGGACGGCGGACGAGGCGCUGCGCGCCCUGCGGGAAGAGCAGGGCGUGCGGAGAGUGUAUGGCAUCGAAGCGGGCAUGCGAAUCAUCCCCUGA